CAAUCAGCUGACUUUGUGACUUCCUUAAGAGAAGUCAGUCAGCAGCGGGCGGUCUCGGCUGACAGCGCCCGGCAACUGGGUGCGAAGACUUCAGAACUUUAGUUCCACGACGCCUAUUCUUUGGGAGUCCCCGUCAGAGAAGCGACACACGACGAAAUAUACAGGCUUUUGCUGGAACAAUGGCUCAACUGCCCAUACCGCAGUGGCACUUCGGGAUGCUGACCUGCGCUCUAUUGUUCUUGCUACCUUUGUGCUGCUCAAGUCACCCAACGCUCAUCUCAGAUCAGCCCGACUUUGUCAUGGAGCGUCUCAGUCUGCCAAUGUUCAAAUUCAACUGGACGAGCAUCUCCUGCCGCGUGUGUCAGGCACUCUUCACCAUGUUGGAUGUGGCACUCCUGAGCGACAUCAAUGAAGAGCGGGUGGCGCGGGCUGUCCGGGAGGCCUGCAUCCGUCUCCACAUAGCCGACGAGCAGGUGUGUCACGACAUCACCGAGCUUUUCCGGGACGACUUCAUCCGGGCCUUGCAGGAGUCCCUCCUGUGGCCCACUGAGGCGUGCGCCGUUCUAGUGGGGCCCUCCUGCGGCAAGUUUGACAUCUACGCGGCGUGGAACGUCACUCUGCCCAAAGAUCCCAAGCCUCCCGUUACGCCACCUGUACCUCCUAAACCCGGCUCACCCCAGAGCAGGGUGCUGUUUCUCACAGACAUUCAUUGGGACAAAGAAUACGUGACGGGGAGUCCUGCUGACUGUAAGGAGCCUCUUUGCUGCCGUAAUGAUUCCGACUCGCUCUCAAGGCGGCGCAAGGAGGCAGGCUACUGGGGAGCGUACAGCAAAUGCGACCUGCCCCUCAGGACUGUGGAAAACCUCCUGGAAAACGCCGCCGCGACUGGCCCUUGGGACUGGGUCUACUGGACGGGAGACAUCCCGGCGCACAACGUCUGGUCUCAGACCAGGAAACAGCAGCUGUCGGAACUUACCGUCAUCACCAGGCUCAUUCAGAAAUACCUCGGGCCUAACGUGACGGUCUAUCCUUCCAUCGGUAACCACGAGAGCACACCAGUAAACAGCUUUCCUCCACCUUUUGUUCACGGGAACCGAUCCUCCGCCUGGCUUUAUGACACCAUGGCUGACGAGUGGUCGCCAUGGCUGCCGGAGCAGGCUCUGAAGACCCUGAGAUACGGAGGAUUUUACACGACGGAGAUCCAGCCGGGCUUGAGGCUAGUUUCCCUCAACAUGAACUUUUGCGCACGGGAGAACUUCUGGCUCAUGGUGAACUCGACCGACCCCGCCAACCAACUGCAGUGGCUGGUCCAUGUACUUCAAACUAGCGAAGACAAGAGCGAGAAGGUUCACAUCAUUGGUCAUAUUCCACCUGGUCUGUGUUUGAGUAGCUGGAGCUGGAACUACUAUCAUAUCGUCAACAGAUAUGAAAGUACUAUUACAGGCCAGUUUUUUGGACACACCCAUUAUGACGAAUUCCAGAUGUUUUAUGAUGGGGAGACCUUGACUCGUCCGUUGGGGGUUGCCUUCAUUGCUCCCAGCGUGACCACCUACAUCAAUUUAAACCCCGGUUACCGUGUCUACUACGUAGAUGGGAACUAUCAAGGAAGUUCCCGACUGGUUGUGGACCACGAGACCUACAUCCUCAACUUGACCGAAGCCAACCAACCACCAGGAAAACCCAAGUGGACUCUGCUGUACCGUGCCACAGAGGCUUACGGGCUCUCCAGCCUUUUCCCCCUUGACUUAGAGGGCCUCGUACGGGGCUUCAUCGCGGACGACCGCCUCUUCCAGAAGUUUUGGUACUUCCGACACAAGGGGCACGUUUCCGAGCCGUGCAAGGAGACGUGCAAAACCGCCACCAUGUGCUUUUUGAGAAGCGGACGAUACGACUUGCUGCAGCAGUGUCACCUCUCCGGUGGUGUCAAAAUGAGACAAACUCUGUGUUAGGACAAGCUUGUUUCAGGGAGAAUAUCCGUGACAUUCGAGUGGUGCGUCAAUGCUCGUUUCCAGCUCAAAAUGUCCUCUGUUGACUUGAAAUGCAACCAUUUUUGGUCCCAAUCAAUCUCAAAAGUUGUCUGCACUUUAUUUAAUGUUAGCAAAUAAGUAGCGAAUCCAAAUGAGGUAUGCAGUAGUAUUCUACUUCAUUUGACACAAAAGGUCCAUCUGUAUUAAGACACCAAUUGUAGCUUGAUUUCAUGUAUAAAUUGUGAAUAAAAUAAGAUUUUCAUACUAA